AUGUCUAAUCUCUCUAAACUUGAAUUUCUUGCUCUAGACAUAUCGAGAAAAAUCUAUCUAUCAUGGGUACUCGAUGCAGAAAUUCGUCUUGAUGCGAUGGGUCUAGCAGACACCAUCCAAGAAAAUAAUCAAGCAUCUAAUCAAAACCGUGCUAAGGCGAUGAUAUUUCUCCGUCAUCACCUUGAUGAAGGUUUGAAAAUGGAAUAUCUCACUGUUAAGGAUCCUCUGGUGUUGUGGAACAAUUUAAAAGAUAGAUAUGACCACCUGAAGUUGGUCGUCUUUCCACAGAAUGACUUACUGAUGAAAAACCAUGAAAGUCGAGAUACUGGUUCUAUGCCAUUUCCUGAAGUAAAUACGACAAACUUUUACCAAUCUAGGUGUGAAAAAGGUCGUGGCCCCAGUCGUGGCCGUGUUCGUGGUCGAAGAAGAAAUUUCAAUCAUGCUGAUCGUCUUGCACUAAAUAAUAACCUUCAACACCAGCAGUGUAAAAAGAAGAAUGAAAAACAUGAUGUAGUGCAGAAGAAAAAUUCAGACAACAAAUGUUAUCGAUGUGGAGGAAAAGGACAUUGGUCACGUACCUGUCGUACGCCAAGGCAACUGGUUGAGCUAUAUCAAGCUUCGCUGAAGGAGGUGAAAAAUUACACAGAAUCCAACUUUAUCUCGGAAGAUACUAUUGAACCCAUGCAUCUAGAUGUAGCGAAUUUCUUUGAGAAUCCCGAAGGAAAGAUAGAUCACCUGAUAGGUGAUGGAUCUGCGAUAAUGUAA